AUGACCUCUCUCCAAGGCAAAGUUGUCAUCGUCACCGGCGGCGCGAGCGGCAUCGGGCUCGCGACGAGCAAGCUGACUCCUCUACUAGGCCCUGCUCGCGCCGGCGCCAACGUCGUCCUCGUCGACCUGAACGAGUCGUCCAUCGCCAGCGCGACGGCCUCCCUGAAGGCAGGCGGCGACAACCUGAUCGUCGUGCAGGGCGACACGAGCGUCGAGGCCACGUCGGAAAAGGCGACCAAGGACGCGCUGGCCAAGUGGGGCCGCGUCGACGGCGCCGUGCUCGCCGCGGGCAUCGGGCACACGCCGGGUCCUUUCCACGACACGACCGAGGAGAACUAUGACCUCGUUAUGGGGGUCAAUGCCAAGGGCGUCUUCCUCGGCAUGAAGCACGCCCUCCGCGGCUUCCUCGCCUCCCCGUCCAAGGGCGAGGGCUGCUCCAUCGUCGCCAUCUCGUCCGUCGCGGGUCUGGAGGGCCUCCCCUACAUCGCGGGCUACUCGGCCUCCAAGUUUGCCGUGCGCGGCCUCGUCGCGAACGCUGCAGCCGAGUACGGCCCGCGCGGGAUCCGCGUGAACGCGAUUUGUCCUGGGUACAUCGAGACCCCGCUCACUGCCGCCGCGUCCUCGACCAACAUGGAAGAGCGCGCAAAGGAGCGCUCGAGCCUCAAGCGUAACGGCAAGCCCGAGGAGGUGGCCUCUGCCGCCGUGUACCUCCUCAGCGCGGAGAGCUCGUUCGUCACCGGCAGCAGUCUGCGCGUCGACGGCGGCUGCUCGCGCUGGGUGUAG